GGGGUCCGUAUGGUAGGCUGAGAGCGCUAUCUAGUGGCAGUGAAAUCAACAGUUUGCGUCCCUGGAUGAUGGAAGAGGAGAGGUAAAAGGAGAUAUGCUUUCUCAAUCUGCUUCUGAACUAAGGAACAUAGUAUCUCAACUGGAAAAGCGAAUGGACACCAUUGAAGAUGAAGGAAAUGAAUGGAAAACCAGGUAUGAGACACAACAGGAGCUGAAUCUACAACUAGAGAGGCAAAUCAGAAUCUUAGAAGAGAAAGUGGAAUUUACUCGUGGCAAUCCUGCUGACAGAUUGUCUUCUGUACGUUCAUUUGAGGAGAUGCCAGUGGGCGCACUGAAACAAAUGAUAAAGCAACUGGACAAAGAAAAGAAAAGCCUUCAAAACCAGCUUAAAAAUUAUGAGUGGAGAGUAGAACAAGAAGCAAAGGCUUAUCAUAAAGCCAAUGAUGAGUGUCACAUAUACCUGACAGAAAUUGCACAAAUAUCCUUAUUGAUUGAAACAGCAAAGAAGCAGAAAGCAAUGGGGUCAAGGGAAAUGAAGGUUUUGACAGGAAAGUGCAACGUGCCAACCACAAAAAGGAUUUUAGAUCUCAAGAAAGGACCAAUUAAAAAGACUGCAGCAAUGAAACAGCUUCCAAAAUUAAAACAUUGACGCUAGAAUAUUAUUAUGGAACAGAGAUGGUGUUUUGUGUGUCAGAGGAAGCUGUUAUUUACAGUACUUGCACCUCAUUUAGAGCAGUUGUUUAAUUGUUGCUGGGCCUAAAUCAGUUAUAUUUAGGUUUUGUUACCCUGGCAGUAAUUAUUCGUACAUCAGAAAUAGUUAGACAAUGUAGUUUUAUUGUAUUCACACUUGAAUUUUGUUUAAUUGCUGUUAAAAUUUCUUCCAAUUGUUUCUCUGGAUGGCUGAUGGAAUUUUAUAUGAACAAGGAACAGAUCUGGCACAUUGGUAGUACCUCACUUCUCAGUGUGAUGAUUGUGGGUUGAGCCUCACUACACUGCAGAGAUUAGCAGAGUUUAGUUUUAAUCAUCGUCAAACUUGGUAUCCUUCAUUUCAGACCUUGUAUUCACUCCUGGGGUAUAUAGAAUUGUCCUAUAGGACUAUUCUGAAGAGCUAGCAAUUUUUAUCUCUCUGGCUUCAUGCCCUGACCUAAUUUCAUUACUCAACACAAGUCGUUAACAGUUAUUUAUGAAAUUUGCUGUAUGUAAAUUGGCUGAAGUUUCCCCCCUCCACACAUGAUCUCAGAGGCUACACUUCAAAAUAGUGAAAGGCUCUGCAUUAAAUUAUGCUCUUUCUGUAUGUCUCCAAAGCAUUUCUCACCAUUCCCUCCAUCCUUUUCAAGUUACAGGUUUUACAAUAUGGAAUAACCAUUCCAGCAGCAAACCAUUUCUAGAUAU